UACCAUGAAAUGAAAGCUUACCAUUUGUGUUCUUCUAACUGGUCAUGCUGGUGUUUGAUCAAGUGGAGUCGGUGAUGGUUUCGUCCGUGUUGGAGGAAAAUAAAACGUGGAGCUAAAAGUGUAUGGAGAAAGGCAAAACGCGUUGCAAAGAAAGUUUGGAAAAAAGUGAAGAAAACCAUUGGCUGGAGCCGCCAAGAAGUGGGCAACUGGGGCGUUACUUGGUCCUUUUGUGGGAUAUGAAAGAGCUACAGGAGAAGGAUCAGGCGUCCUAUGACGAGAUAAUGGAAAAUCUCCACCAGAUGAUCGCAGAUGAAACCAACGUUGAAUUUGCAACAGAUUUCAUGAAGGAACUGGAUGAGUUUGUGAACAUGGAUGAAGACGAACGCCUUUUCAAGCUCAAAAACGAGGUUUUCGUCAAUGACAAUGAAAACGAGUAUGUGGAACAAGAUGCACUUUUUGAAUAACGGUCUAAGAUGAUUAGUGAACAUGCCUCGUCUCAGAAAUUUCAUGAAUUAUGAUUUAUUCAUUUUUUCAUAUAUACGGACACAAUAUGCAAAUAUAUAGCAUGUUUAUGCACUGUACUUUGUGAGAUGUUAUAGGUCAAGGGGUCGGUUUAUAGGUUAGUAGUGCAGAUCCUAUAUCUAAAAUAAUUGCCUAGUCACAGCACAUUAAUGCCACUGUGUUGGUUACAUUUCAUCGGAUGCAUUUUGAAUACAUGAAAUUCUAUAGUAACCUUCUGAGGAAAAAUUACAACCCUUCUCACCUAUCUACAAAGC